UGAAUAUCAUUUUAAACGUAUAGUAUCAAUUUUUAAUUAAGAAUAUUACAAAUUGUAGAAAAUAGUCAUUUUAGAAAAUCAGUUACUUCAUAUGAAGAACUCGAAUCUAUAAAACAGUAAAGUAACACGUAAUACGUUAUAAUCAUACAAUUGUAUAUCAUACUUCUUCGUAAUAAAUGUUCUGAAAACAGUAACGAUGUUUUAACUUCCCGGUAUACUUGCCGAUGUAACUUGCUAAAAUGAUAAAAGAUGGCGCUAAAUCUGAAAUUGCUAUGGCAACUGUUUGUCAAACAAUAUAAAGCAAGUGUAAGAAAAAUGUUGAAUGAAAAGUUUUCAGUUUUCAACAUGUAAAUAGAAUUAAUUUCUCAAUGGAUUUCCAACUCCUACAUAUGUACAUACAGUAUUUUGCGUCGUUAAAAUAGUACCUUUUAACAUAUUUUUAUGAGACAUACUGAAACCAAUUCGCAUGACAGCGGUGACAUUAACGGUGAAAACAACUAUCAGGACAUAAUGUCGCUGUACUUUGAUACACGCGUACAAAACCCGGAAACAGCUUCUAUAAGUACUCACGCAAUCUGGCAUGCCAAUUAUCCUUUGUUAGCUGUUGCUGCAUAUUCUCAAGAUAAGGGUGGUUUUGUAACUAUUUAUGAUGAUCAAGGAGAACUCGUACAGGAUGUGGAAUCACCGAGACAUUCAGUAUCGCAGGUGACAGCUCUUGGAUGGCAUCCAGAAAGACGUUGGCUCGUUGUAGGAUGGGAAAGCGGAGAAUUGAGGGUAUGGCCAGGCGAUACUGGGAGCGUUGAAUUUAACUUAAUAGUCACACCGCACCAUGAUCCUAUUACAUUUCUGCAAUGGAGUCAACAUGGAGGAAGAUUGGUAUCGGCGGAUGCAACUGGUUCUAUAGUUGGCUGGAAAAUUGAUUCGAGAGGUCAAUUGUUAAUGAUGUUUCACCAUGAGCUGAAGGAUUCUUUUGCAGAAAUAGUAUUCAAAACAAUUCCACCGAAAUCAGCGUUCGAUAUAAAUGGUUUAGCGAAAGCAGCGAUUGCAGGAGAUGAAAGAUCGUUGGAUAUAUUUAGCUCUUGGCGUCCUAGAACGGCUGUACCAACAACGGUUGCAACGCAAAGAGAUAAUUAUGCAUUUUAUGUUGGAACAAGCAGCGGAGUAAUAUACUUUGUUGACAAUCAGGGUCAAUGUACGGAAGUUCUCAACACGAACGGUGUCGCGUUACAGUUUCUAUUGCACCAUCAAAGUAGAGAUUCCGUUAUUAUUAUGACGGAAGGGUUAAAUAUAGGGCAUUUUCAAGCGGAUCCAAUUACUGGAAGGCUCGUCGAAUUAACAAAAGUGAAACUCAGCGGUAGAUGCGACGUGUCACGAACUAGCCCAGCAAUGUGCUGGGCCGGUGGAAAUACUUUAGCAAUUCUUACAGGAGAAUUAGGUGUCCGUUGUUGGGAUCUUCAUACCGGCGAUAGUUACGUGCUGUCUGCUCCGGAUUCAUCUCCUGGAAAUAUCGCUACACCGCAAGAGAUUUGCACAAGCAUAUCUUUUUGCAAAAAUAAUGGUACUUUGGCUGCUGGUACAAAUCUGGGAACAAUCUAUCUAUGGAAACGUAAAGCUGAAACGGAUUAUGAUGAAAAUGGUUGGUUGAGUAUACCAGAAUCUUGUAGCAUUCAUGGAACAGUGAAACAACUUACAUGGGGAGCUGUUUUAUUGAGAAAUCCAUUACUUGCGGUUAAUUGUAUAACGAAUGUUUUUAUUCUACAUCAACAACCAAUGUGUGCUGCAUAUAAUGACGGUGUUUGCGCCAGUCAACUCGCACCUACUCAAAUUUUACUAGAAAUUGACGAGCUUUCUUACGUUUUGAAAAGCGACAUUCAAAUACAACUGGUAGCUGUAAACAAAGAGCACAUUGCUGUAUCCUCGGGUAGACAAAUCGUGAUUUACGGAAUAUAUAAAGAUAAUUCCGUGACGACUACGAUGGUCACAAGUUUCCAUUGUGAUACGGAGAAGCUGUUAAUUUACGAGCACACUUUGAUCGUUCUGACCCCUGUAGUUAUUCAACUGCGAUCGAUGGAAGGUACAGUUAUGCAGGUGUUACCUACGUUACCAGAAGAAGGUGAACCGAUCACGAUGGACCUUACUGGACAAUAUCUUACGGUUGCAUCUUUGUGUGGAAUUUUAAAAAUUUGGGACUUAAGUAAAAGGGAAGCGAAAUUGCAUACCAGAGCAAUGGCAACUUACGAAGCGAUCAAUGAUUUUGCUGAAAUCAUUGAGGCAAAGUGUAACUCGGACUGUCGUUUAGUAUCCGUUACAGUUGCCAUGACUAACUUGAUGCCCAGUUCGAUUUUAUACGUUUGGGACAUAGAAAGCGAUCAGAUACACGAAUUUGAUUUCGCGGAAUCUAAUGACAUCGACGAAGAUGAUACUGGUCUGGCUGUAAAAUGCAAAGGAAGAUUAGUAACUGCUCAUUGCUGGGACGUGGAUGAUCCUAGACUGCUAAUAUGCCGUGCUCAAAGAUUGGAUAGUCGAGAUUCUAAACAUUCAACGAAACAGAUGAAUGAAAAUGGCUACGAUGUCUCAAAGGUCAAUGUAGUUUUGGUUUCUAUAUUCGCGACGUCGGAUCACGGGAUUGUCGUACAGGACAUAAAACCGGUAACAGAUGAAAAUUCCAGAUUACUGGGUGUUCAGGCUCCGCACAUAAUUAUUCUAAACUCGGAGAAGAACGUCGAAAAUAGUAGCAGAGUGAGGAAAUUGGCCAUGAGGGAAUUCGAGGAACUAGACACAUGCGAUGCUAUAACAAAAAAAGCUGUACUGGAUUUCAGUUUUCACAUAAGCGUUGCUAACAUGGAUGAAGCUUUCAAGGCGAUAAAAUCUAUAAAAAACGAAGGUAUUUGGAAGAGUUUGGCUAGAAUGUGCGUGAAAACGAAACAGUUAAAUAUGGCUCUUUUGUGUUUGGGUCACACGAAACAAGUUAAGGGGGCAAGGGCGCUGAGAGAAGCUAUGCAAGACGAAGGUUUAAACCUGGAAGCCAAGGUGGGGAUGUUGGCUGUACAGCUUGGAUUGUAUAACGACGCCGAACGUCUUUACCGCGAGGCAGGGAGACUGGAUCUAUUGGGCAAGCUACUCGAAGCGCGGAAUAAGUUUAAGGAAGCCAUAGAGUUGGCUAGAAACGAGAAGAAAAUUCGUGAAAAAACGAGCUGUUACAAUUAUGCGAGAGCUCUCGAGAAAGAAGGUAAAAUAACAGAAGCUAUAGACAUGUACACGAGAGCAGAGUGUCAUAGAUUCGAAGUUCCAAGAAUGUUGUUGACGAGACCGCGAGAAUUACUGACGUAUCUUAAUAAUUCCGACGAUCCGGAGAUUAAAAACUGGCAUGCACAGUACAUAGAAUCAACGGGCGACAUGGAGGGAGCGUUACGACUGUACGAACAAGCAAAGAACACGUUGGCAAUGACAAGAUUACUCUGUUACUUCGGUAGAGAAGACGAGGCUAGCGAUUUGGUGUUGCGAACGAAUCAUGCCGCGUCUGCGUAUCAUCUGGCUGCGUAUUAUGAAUCGAAAAACAACGUAGCGCAUGCCAUUCACUUUUAUACGAUAGCCAAGGCUUACACGAACGCGAUCCGCUUGUGUAAAGAACAUGACAUGUUCGAAGAAUUAUGGCCCCUAGCUGUGCUUGCACCAAGACAGACGCAAAUAGAUGUUGCGAAAUACUACGAAGAAAAUGAUCAGUCGGAUAAGGCUGUUUUGUUGUAUCAUAAAGCUGGUCUGCUGCACAAGGCUUUGGACAUUGCAUUCAAGACCAAACAGUAUAGUGCCCUGCAACUUAUUAUCAUGGAUGUUAAUGCGGAUUCCGAUCCAGCAUUGAUAGAGAAAUGCGCUAGUUACUUCGUUGAAAACGAUCAAAUCGAGAAAGCCGUUGAUUUGCUCGCAACAGGAAGGAAAUACAUGAAAGCUCUGGAACUGAUUCAAGAACACAACAUUCUGUUGAGCGAAGAUCUGGCGGAAAAGAUGACCCUGGAUAAAGCAGAUAAUGACAUAGAACGCGAGAAACUUCGAAUUUCCAUAUUACAUAGAAUAGGCGAGAUCGCUUUCGAACAAGGAAACUACCACUUAGCGACGAAGAAGUUCACUCAAGCUGGAAACAAGUUGAGAGCCAUGAAGGCCUUACUGAAAUCGGGCGAUACCGAGAAGAUUUGCUUCUUCGCACAAGUCUCUAGACAGAGAGAGAUUUAUAUCAUGGCUGGAAAUUAUCUACAGUCGUUAGAUUGGCAAAAUCAACCGGAAAUAUUAAAGAAUAUUAUUAAUUUUUAUUCGAAGGGAAAAGCGAUGGAUUUGUUGGCUAAUUUUUAUGUGGCUUGUGCGCAAGUGGAGAUCGACGAAUUUCAGAACUACGAGAAGGCGCUCGAUGCUUUGAAUCAAGCCAGUAGAUGUCUCGCGAAGGUAACCGUUCCGAGAGAUCCAGAUAUUCACAAAAGAGCUAUCGAUCUGGUGAACAAUAGGAUAACUGCGAUCAGACGUUACCUAGACAUCAAGAAAUUGUUCGAUAGGGGAGAGACAAGCGCAGCGACGCAACAAGUGCGUCAGUUGCUCGAAUCUCAUGGACCUGAUUUGGAACAAUCGGUACGUCGCGGUGACUUGUUUGCGACUAUCACGCAGCACUACGUCGACAUCGGCGACACGGAUAAAGCACGCGCUACUAUAGAGGAAUUAAAACGUUUAGUACCUGGAAUUAAUUUAACCUAUUACUACAACGUGAGCGUGUUGGAAGCGCUCGGUUACAAAAUGAAGAUCGAACGAGAAGAAAGUUCUGACAGGGAAGACGACAUCGAAGAACUUUUAGGCGAAUAAGUAAAUUAGAAGAUAGGAUACACGUGAAAUUAUCAAUCCGUCCAUGAGUCCGAUUAUUAUGUAGUUAUGCAGUGGAGUUAUGCAUUUAGUUAUGCAUUUAAAAAAAAUCAUCAUUUAACGUUUA